CGGAGACCGAAGGCCGAACAGCGGACUUGGCCAGACGAAUCAUUUCGCGAACAGCGUAAACAUCAAUGUUGCAUACCCUGAAUCCUCACUAUUCGCGUACUUGAACAUGAAAUUUUCGCGAUUUACGAAGAGAAAAGAGUUGGAAACAUGGACAAGGUAUUGAAUCCAACGGAGAAGCGGACUUAUGAUGGCCAUGGGGACAUGGAGUUGAGACAAUUGGGAUGGAUAUAAAAAACCCGUGUAGACCUGCUCUAACGAUGUGAAGAAUAAUAACUAAGUCAAACGACUCAAGCCUCUUCACUAUGUCUUCCAAGUACAUCAAAAACCUCGAUAACCAACGCGUCCUGAUCAUCGGUGGCUCAACAGGCAUUGGCUUCGCCGUUGCCGAAGCAGCCCUCGAACACGGUGCAAAUGUCAUCAUCAGCAGUUCCAACCAAUCGAAAAUCAACACUGCCAUCGAACGUCUUCAAGAUCACAUAAAACAUGCCAAGCUUCCCCCUCGAAAGAUCUCUGGGAAAGUUUGCGACCUGGCCAAACCAGAUACAAUCGAGGCCAACGUCAAAGAACUUCUCGAGUCUGCUUCUCAAGAUGGAAAACUCGACCAUGUCGUCUUCACAGCGGGAGAUUUCAAUCCUUCUCCAAGCCUCGACUCAGUUACUGUCAGUAUCAUCUCUAAAAUCGGCAUGGUCCGUGUCAUGGGCGCUCUCUUCGUCGCCAAACAUCUCUCGAGCCAUAUCAACCAAACAAAUCGAAGCUCGUUCACCAUCACGGGAACGACUACAGAUUCUCGUCCUGCUGGAGCGGGUUGGUCAGUGCUCAAGGCAGCUGCCGGUGGAAUUGAGCCAAUGACGCGGGCUUUGUGUAUUGAUCUUAAGCCAGUGCGUGUCAAUUGUGUCACGCCGGGUUUUGUGCACACGGCACUCUUUGAUGGGUUUCCACAAGACGUUAGGGAUGUUAUUUUUCCUUCUAUGGAGAAGGAUUCAGUCGUGGGUAGGCUUGGAACUCCAGAGGAAUUAGCUGAGGCAUAUGUUUAUCUGAUGAAGUGUACCUUUGCUACUGGGUCGAUUGUUGUUGUCGACGGGGGCAGGAUUGUUGGAGAUGACAAGAGUUAGCGAGAAACCUGUGAUAGAACUGGAUAUAUCAUCUGUCAAGGAUUGAAAGGCGCUGAUUGUUAUGCCUAACUGUGGCUGGCAAGGGCUAAUGACCUUGGAUAUAAUCUAUGAAAUUUACAAACAGUACCGCUUUCGUCCUAACAGCAAAUGUGAGG